AUGGCGCACUUCGCGACGAAGACCGUUCAUAAAACACCAUAUCCCGUUCACUCUCAAGCCGACCAGACCGUGGGAAUCACUGGCGGCGGCGGCAGUAUCGGAUCCCUGAGCGAUAUCGUGAAAGCUAAUAACAGCGAUGCGUCCGCGGCGUUUGAUACGAAUGCCCGUGCAAAUUUGGAUAUGACGCAACUUUUUUUUAGCCUCAUUCAAGUAUCCUUAGUGGUAGUUGGCGAUUUCCAUCACAACCCUAUGGCAGGUAUCUACGCCUCCAGCAAAGCUGCGUUUUUAGCGCUCUUACAUCGCAUUGCCACUCAAGAACCUGUUGAGAAGGCUCAGAUGGUUAGCUUCGAUCCAGUUUACUCUGGCCAAUUUGCUGUAUGGGCGACAUCCUAUGCUGUGGCUAUGCUCCACGGACGCUUCAUUCAUUCCCAGUGGGAUGUCGAUGAGUUACAGGCACCCGAUGUCAAAGCAAAGAUAGAGAAUGACGAAGUAUUCUUAAAGAUGGGAGCGAUCGUUUUACGUGUUACAUAUGGGCGGAUUUGCCAUUUGCGAAUCGUGAACUCUACAUUUAAGGAUAGGCGAAAACUGCUCUGCUACAUGCUACAGAAGGGAUCGCCAACACGAUAUCACUGCAAUGUCAUUGCAGACGAAGUGAGAGUCGAAUAUGCCGUAAUCCGCUACGGCCGAAGAGCACGCAUGGUUGAGAAAUGGGUUUUGACCGCGGUAGUUCGGGAAAUACAUAACACAACCUCACCGCUACAACCCGGAAGGGCGGUAGAACGAACGUAG